GACUGCUCCGGAAGGGGCGGGGCUCUGCGCUCGCGUACAGGGCCUUCUCCCGGGGACUCGCAGCACGCCACAGGCCCCGCAGCCGAGCGCCGAGCUGCCGAUCAGUCAUUCCUGCAGCCCUCGCUCGGGUCGCUCGUGGCUCCAGCCGCCAUUGUAACCCAUACCCCGCUAUGGAGCAUGUCUUUACCCCGCUGGAGCCCCUGCUACCCACGGGAGACUUGAAAUUCUGCCUUGUGGUUCUUAAUCAGACUUUGGAUCCACAUUUUCGGCAUCUUUGGAGAAAAGCUCUCUUAAGAGCCUGUGCUGAUGGAGGUGCCAAUCACUUAUAUGACCUCACUGAAGGAGAAAGAGAAAGCUUUUUGCCUGAAUUCAUCAAUGGGGACUUUGAUUCUAUUAGGCCUGAAGUCAAAGAGUACUACACCAAGAAGGGCUGUGAUCUUAUUUCCACUCCUGACCAAGACCACACUGACUUUACCAAGUGUCUUCAAGUGCUCCAAAGGAAGAUAGAAGAAAAAGAGCUGCAGGUUGACGUGAUCGUGACCCUGGGAGGUCUCGGUGGGCGUUUUGACCAGAUCAUGGCAUCUGUGAAUACUCUUUUCCAAGCCACUGACAUCAUUCCUGUGCCAAUUAUAAUAAUCCAAAAGGAAUCUCUCAUCUACCUCCUCCAACCAGGAAAGCACAGACUCCGUGUAGACACUGGAAUGGAAGGCAGCUGGUGUGGCCUUAUUCCUGUUGGACAGCCUUGCAACCAUGUGACGACAACAGGCCUGAAAUGGAACCUCAGUCACCUGAGAGGAACAUAAUGAAAUAUGACGAAGAUCUCAGAGUGUUGAGAAACUGACCUGUGUGUGCUGCGGCUGUCCUACUGCUCAGAAGAAGAGCGUGGGAAGAGGCAGUGAGGCACAGCCGAGGAGGGCCUGGAGGGAGGACGUCCGAUAUAGUUACGCCUCCCUCCAUAGUUACAUUACUCCACACCACAGUCUCCAUUGCGCUUCGAAGAGUCCGGUGGGAUUUCUUUAGGCCAGCAAAAUAAAGCAACCAAAUCACAAAAAAAGAAAAGAAAAGAAGCCACCCAGAAAGAAAUUAAACACAAACAUUUAGAACUGGAAGAAAUAAUAUUUAAAGUACAGAAAUAUAUAAUUAAACAAAAGAUAACAUAUUCAUAGUACUUACUACGUUAAAUGGGUGGGCAGCAUUGCAAAUAAUCACAGAUCGAAUGGCAAAAACUUAGAGAUGAAUAAGAUAGUUACUAUUUACAAAAGUUUUCUUAUAUUUUUAUUGGUUUAAAGACAGCAAUUUUUAAGUUUUUGUUUAGUUUAUGUGUUUGAUUUUAGAAUAAAUCCAAGUAUUCCUUAAUAAGUAAGGAAGUAGUGAAUGCAUGCCCAAAAGGUUGUGAGCAAAGAUCUUAUCAGCCUGGACAGAACACCCUUCCUGUCUCCUGAGCUCGGCAGUACAGUAUUUAUAUUUGAUUUCAUUGUAUUCCUGAAAUUUUUUGGAUCUGAGUAUCAUGCUUCUACCAUAAGUGGCAUGCUUGAGGUCAGUAACAGGGCUUUAUCAUGAAUUCUUUUUAUUUUCAUCAUGUUUUAUUCUGUGACAAUUUCAUGCAUCUGUAUAAUGAGCUUUGGUGGUUUUUCACUUUCCACCAGCUUCUCUCACCCCACUGUAAGGUUCUAUGUAGGAGCUAUAGGUCAACAGUGACAAUCUUAAAAUGUCUAGCCAAGAGCUAGGCAAGGCAUUCUAAACCAGACUGCACAUAAGUAGUUUGCUGCUGUUCUUUUUAGAAUAGAUGCUACAGUUGUAUGGAAUUCAACUCUUUACAUUAGGAACUUCAGCAAGCCACAUAAUAAAUAGUUUGACUGAACUUACAUUAAACUAAAACUUUGGUUUCCAGUGAAAUACUGUAUGUACAGUACCUUUUUUUAUUUUUUAAUUCUUUAAACUACUUUUAAAGUCCAGUCAUUUCCCCCCUCUUGGUCCGCCCUCUGACUGUUCCAUAUCCCAUAUCUCCUCAUCCAAAAGGAUGUUCCCACCCUGCAACCCUCCACCCCCACCCCAUCAGACCUACUCACUCCCUGGGGCCUCAAGUCUCUUGAAGGUUAAGUGCAUCCUCUCUCACUGAGUCAAGACCCAGGAGUCCUCUGGUAUAUAUGUGUUGGGGGCCUCAUCUCAGCUUGUGUAUGCUGCCUGGUUGGUGGCCCAGUGUCUGAGAGAUCUUGAGGGUCCAGGUUAGUUGAGACUGCUGGUCUUCCUAUGAGGUCACUCUCCUCCUCAGCUUCUUCCAGCUUUUCCCUAAUUCAACCACAGAGGUUCCCAGCUUUUUUCCAUCGCUUGGGUGUAAGUAUCUGCAUCUGACUCUUUCAGCUGCUUGAUAGGCCUCUCGGAAGGCAGUCAGUCAUGCUAGGCUCCUGUUAGUCAGCAUACCAUAGUAUCAGUAAUAGGGUCCUCCCCUUGAGCUGGAUCCCACUUUGGGCUGUCCCUGGACCUCCUUUCCCUCAGGCUCUUCUCCACUUUUGACCCUGCAGUUCGUUCAGACAGGAACAAUUCUGGGUCAGAGUUUUUGACUGUGGGAUGGCAACCCCAUCCCUCCACAUAAUGUCCUGUCUUUCUACUGGAGGUGGACUCCACAAGUUCCCUCUCCCCACUGUAGGACAUUUCAUCUAAGGUCCCUCCCUUUGAGUCCUGAGAGUCUCUCACCUCCCAAGUCUCUGGUAUUCACAUUUAUGUGCUAGUACAUGGUCACUAGAGAAAAUUUGAGAUGGCCAGAAAAAUGAGGGAAAUUCUGUAUUCAGAAUUACAAUAUAAUGUAGUCAUUAUGUAAUUUUCAUGUAUUUCCCCUCAUGCUUCUAAUGUGUAUAACAAUGCUUGUGUACACAUUAACCUAUUGUCUUUGAGUGGACCUAAGGCUGAUAUAAUCAUAUGCUGGUAGGUGAUGCUCACGAUGUGUGGUCCUUGAGUGGAGUAUUAUGUUGAUUUCUCUUGGACAGUUAGAUGCUUUUUUUGUUAUGAAUAACGGUGUGACCAGCACAUACAUGCAAUGUGUUUUAUCUCUGCAUUUGACUUUUUUUUAAAAGAUAAAUGCUUAGAAGAGAAACUACUGAGCCAGAGAUAAUGAAUUCUGCAGAUGUGAUUUUUACCAUUUAAUUAGAAAAUAAGAACAGAGACAAAAAGACAAUGGAUAGGCAAUAUCCUGGCCCCUAGACUCCUGUAACACGCUUUAAGUCUCUUUUCAUUACACAUGUAAUUACUUCCUCGAAGAUGCCUUCCCUGGGAGCAUAGCCACCAGAAUUCAUUCCAUGGAAGUAGGCCCAGAAGAGCAGUAGCUCUGAUUCAGGACAGGUUUCUUUCACAAAGGAAUAUGCACCGGACUCCGCCAGUGGUGAGUUGAGUUUAGGAGACUGACUCCUCCCUCACUGUGGCUCCUCAGUUCCUUCAUGGCCUCUGCUCCGGGGCAACAGCUAGAAGUACUUCCCUUCAGUACCCUAGGGACAGCUGAGAUGGGUACCCAUGUCAGCUGUGUGUCUAAAGGAAUUCCCUCUAAGGAACUAACAACCUUUGCACACGUCUUUAUCUAGAACUUUCUCUGAUAGAUUUGCCUCCCCGCAAACAAAGUAAUUUUCCUACUAGUCACAUCUUUCAUUGUUCUACCUGGGCCAUUUAUGUCCAAAUCCACCCUUUUAAAUUCAUGGUUUUUCACACAAAGGAUAAGACGAAAUUGAUCCAUUCGAAAUAACAGACCCAAUAAACCAAAUGGGCAUUUUAAAUCAACCAUUCAUUACUUAGAGAGUGAAUCUUUGUCAGAAGCCAGUUCAGGCAUUCUAAAUAGCUUGUGUGCCCCUCCCUUAUCAUCUGAAUAUAAGAAGACAGUAGUUACAAGUCUCUUCUUCCUUCCAAGAUGCCUGUUCGUCAGAAUGUGAGAGCUAUAAGGCAGACUGAACUGGCCUCCGUGUCCACAUAUGUCUCCAGGUCCUCUGAGCCUGUGUGUGGCAAGUUUGAUUCCAUCCUGGGAAGAUGAAUAAAGAUUCUGGGGCUGCUCUGAUUCUCUCCUUCUCAGCUGUCCACUCACCUGCACAGAUCCCUUGCCUAAGUCCCAUGCUGCUCAGUUCCUUUAAAAAAAAUAUUUGAAAGCUUUUCCAGUAAAAUUGACAGCCUAAUCAGGGUCCAGAAAUAAAGAGCAACUCUAUAUUCUCCUCUGCUUGUCAUUGAUAAAGACAUUUAAAAGGAGAGUAAGGAAAUUGUAGACUUCCCUGUUUUACGUUUUACUCAGCUGCUACCAAUGACUUUAAUAGAAAAGUCAUUCUCACAGUAUUGGGAUUUUGUUUCUAACUUUGUUUUGUCCUAUUAUUGUAAUUUCUUUAUAUAAAAUUAUAUAUGGCUUCACUUAUAUAACCGCUUCAGAAAACAACAGCACUAGUUUGGUCUUUUGUCAACAAAUUAGCACAUCAUCCUGAGAACUAUUUAAAAUGAUCAUCACUAAACGCAGUCCCAUGACCUUUAAGAGUUCACUCUCCACACAGAAAGGGCUAGAACCUCUACUCUACGUUGUUCCUCUUUCAUAUAUCCAUUCAUAUUUCCUACUGGACUGUCUGGAACCCACGAACCACCCAAUAAUGACACAGACUGUUGUUAUUUAUGAAGCCUAGGCUUUACGGCUUAAACCUGUUUCCAACUAUCUUGUUUAGCUUAAAUUUACCCAUUUAUUCUAAUCUAUCUUCUGCCAUGCGGCUUGUUACCUCUCCUCAGUGCUGGCAUCUGUUUCUUCCUCUGAGUCUGACUGGCAAAUCUCCUGCUAUUUCCCAGAGUUCCUUUCUCUGCCAUUCUGUCUUACCUAUCUUCUCUUGCUUUGCGAUUGACCAUUCAGUUCUUUAUUGACCAAUCAGAAUGUGAUGGAGAAGAUGCUUACAGAAUACCUGGAGAUGAUGAUGCUUCAUAAAAAUAAGAAUACCGGGGUCCUGUACUCCACUCUGACAGUACAGCAACCAGUAUUUGAAUAUACAAUCCACUACUACCAUUACCAUUAUCCCAACAACCUCCCCCCCUUUUCUCUUCCAAACACAUCUGCAUAGCUAUCCCCUGUAGUGCUCGGAUUUUUAACCUGUUGCUGACUGUUUUGUCUUCUGGAAUACUAAAUCAUAUCACUAUAUGAGUUGGAUUCUAAGCACCCCUGCCUGUGAAAAUAUAUAGCACUUUUCUACUUUAGUAAUAAUUUCAAACAACUUACUUGCAUUUCCUUGUCAUACCACAUUCAGGAUACUUAAAAAAUUCUGUUGGCAAUGGGCAGGAAGAUACCAACAGACACCAGUUGUUCCACCAGGGAAAAAAAUAAAAAGUAUAUAGGCAAACAUGCCCUAGGAAUAAAGGUAGAGUGACUUUAGCCUUGUUUUUCGAAAGAUGCUUUAACGGUUUUGAAAUAUGACUUUCAACAGAUAUUUCAAAAACUAUCAUAAUGUAAGCAAAUAAAGAAUGUCUUUGGAAAGGAGGAUAGUAAGAACUGCAGGCGAAAGAUGAAGGGGUUGAAAGUCUAACACUGGAUGCAUUUCUUUUUCCCCCACUGUCUGUUUUUGUUUAAAUGUUAAAUGCCUUUGAAUUAUUCCUUUAUUGCAGUUUGCAGCCAUCACAUUGAUCUAAGAAAAGCAAAUGGGGCAGUUAAAAUCCCAUUCCACAUUGGAACAACCUCUGGAUUGAUUGGUAGUAAUGUCAAGAUGGCUGAAGAGGAAGGGACUGUGUUCAUUUCGUAUUGACGAAAUGUAUUUAUCCAAUUAGUCUGGGCCAUGUACAAGAACAGCAGCUACACAUUGCUGAGGGACGUAGCAACCAUGGUUUGGGCUUCUAUGGAUCCAGGAAGACUCCUGCCCAAGACAGCACCACUGACUCUGACUGAUUCCCAGGCCCUACUUCUGGACAUUAACUCCUCUUGACAUUUUCAUUCAAGUCAGGAAGCCAGUCCUUGCACACAGCUAUGGGAAUUGGAAGGGAUACAAAAUUGAUAAAUAUAGGAAUAUUUAGGAAGUUUUGGUCUAGAUUAUGAUAUACAUAUUUUGUGCGUAAAAGAUGUUUAUUGUAUAUUUUCUUAAAACAAGAAAUAGCAGGGUUGGGAAUUUAGCUCAGAGGUAGAGCGCUUGCCUAGCUAGCACAAGGCCCUGGGUUCAGUCCCCAGCUCCGAAAAAAAGAAAAGGAAAAACAAAAAAAAACAAAAAAAAACAAGAAAUAGCUAAAAAUAAGCAUAUGUAUAAAACAAAACUUACUUUAAAAUACAUGUUUGGAUAAAAACAAUUGAGUAAAGUCCACAUGAGAGAAGUGAUACCAGAAAGCUCCAUGAUAGAAAACACAGGAAGAAAGCUGCCUGUUGUGAUCUUCAGUAUGCGGUACUCCAUUCCUCAUAAGCUUUAUCUAAGAAAUGCGGGACUUGUUCUAAAGAAUAUCAUAGUUGUGUAAGUGGAUGUUUACAUGGAGAGACAGUUGCUAAAGAGUGUUGUUCACAGGGGUUUGCAGCCCCAUAAGAACAAUAUCAACCAACCAGACCCUUCAGAGCUCCCGGGGAUGAAACCACCAUCCCAAGAGUACACAGGGAUGGACCUAUGACUCCAUCCGCAUAUAUAGCAGAGGAUGGCCUUGUCAAGUAUCAGUGGGAGGGGAGGCUCUUGGUUCUGUCAAGGCUUGAUGCCCCCAGUGUAGGGGAAUGUCAGGGUGGGGAGGUGGCAGUAGGUGAGUGGGUGUAGGAGCAUCCUUGUAGAAGCUGGGGGAGGGGGAUGAGAUAGCAGCAGGUUUCUGGAGGGGAAACUUGGACAGGGGAUAACAUUUAAAAUAAAUAAAUAAAUAAAUAAAUAAAUAAAUAAAUAAAUAAAUAAUCCAAUAAAAGGAAAAAAAAGUGUUGUUCACCCACAUUGUACUGUGCUUCUCUUCCUACCCACCCCUGAGUGUGUGUGUGUGUGUGUGUGUGUGUGUGUGUGUGUGUGUGUGUGUGCAGGCUCCUGUGUUUGUGGACAUGUGUUUCUGUAGACACAAAUACAGAUACAUAUCUAUAUGUGUAUUUCGUUAAAAGUCAUCUGUAGGUUGUUUUUGAAGCGGUCUCUCAUUUGGCCUAGAACUCGCCUAUUAGCUAGAGCAGCUAACUCAUCCUGUGUCUUCCUCCCUAGCCCUGGAUUAUAGUGUACGUGGGCACCUGGGGCUGCUUUUGUAUAUGAAUGCUGGCACUUAAACUCAUAUCCUAAGCCUUGCAUAUUGGGUACUUACCAACUGAGUAAUCUUCCCAGUGUCUUUCUGAAUAAAGACUUAACUCAAAAAGAUAAAAACAGUGACAGUAAACAUAGACUGUCAACUAAAGAAGAUCCAAAGAGAAUUUCAAAAUUACAGACUCGCUAAGUCAGUUUUAAAAAGAACUAGUUACUAUUAAAUAAAAGAAGAAACUAUCAAUAAGCUGAUUGAAAACAUAAACAAAAGAACACAAGACAGGAAGUUUCCAUAUACCACCCUAUACAUACCCUAUUCAACAGCUGUCAUGGUCUUCAUUAGAGUUUACAUCUGUAACAGCUCCUCACUUAAUAAAUACAGCUUGUUUUAGGACUCCCACUGCUUUGCGUUACACAUUCUAUGAAAAAAAAUCUGCAUCCUAAGGGGGGAAAAAAAAGAAGUGAGUAGUCUAGACAUCAGGAAGCAGAAAAGGAGCAAUCCAAAAAAACAGAAUUAGACAUUAAAAAAAAAUAAAAAUAAAAAAGGCAAAUAGCAUAGUCCUCUUAGAGGUUAGUGAAUGACAGCAAUUUUCAAUUGUCAGGCACAGCUUUGAAGCUAUAAGCACUUCAGCAAGAAUGCCUCACCAUGGAGCAGAACUGACCUGAAAAUUUGACUCAGUCACUUGAUAACAGAAUCAGGAAAGAAGUGUUAAAAAACAGAGUUCCUAACCUCUCUCCAACCACAUCCUCUUAAAAGGUCACAUCACCACAUUGAAGAAGAAUGCCUCUCAGUGAUAUGUUUUUAAAAAUUUGAAAAAUUGACCUAAAGUUCAAAAAUAGAAAUAUAUUGCUGUCAUUGAAUGUACCAAAAACUUUAAUUAUAUGCAUGAAAAACAAGUAUAGGAACAUAUAUUUAAUUUAAGUAUGACAAUUAUGGGUGGUUUUUCUUAUUUUCCAUCUGUCUAGAAUGGUAUUUGUAUGAUAAUGAAAUGUAGAAAAUAUUUGUCUUUGUUGCUUUUCUGUUGCAUUCUGACUCACAAGUUCAGGCAGGAAGUGUGCCUGGUGUGAGCUUUUUUAACUUCAAAGCCCACACCUUUACAACAAGGACACACCUCCUAAACCUUCUUAUAACAGCUCCACCAACCAAGAACCAAACAUUCAAAUGUAUGAGCCCAUGGGGCCAUUCUCAUCCAAAGCAUCAAUCUAGUGUCCUGCAUAGGAGCCAAAUUUUCAACAGUUCCAAAGUCUUGUUUCUUUUAAAUGCAGGGUGUCAGUAAUGGGUGACUGAUAGAAAGAACUAAUCCCUCCAGUUGUUACCAAUGUCAAAUAUGGUGGAGGUAGUUUUUCAUUUGCUAUCUACAGUGGGCUGUUUCUUUGGAUGAAUGUACACUCUGUGGUAUGCUUACCAGAAAGAAACCUGACACUCAAACUGAGUUUACACAUUCUGUAGAACAUUUACUAGUAAAUUAUCAGAAUCAAACUGGAGGGGGCGGGAGUGGAGGUCCCAAGCAAGUCUCUUGAAGUCAUUGAAAUAGAUCAAACCAGGCUCAUUCUGGGUAGUAUGCUACAGACAUAGAUGCUGGAGUGACCCUGACCUUGGAUGUCAAAGAGAAAUAGCUUGCCAUGGUUGUCACUCUGGAACAGAGAAAAAGCAAGCAAACUUUUCUCCCCCAUACUGAGACUGUGCCUUCGAGUAAAUAGAACUAUUUGUGUGAAAGAGCCAACCAAUUGCCAUUUUAAGAUGCCUUGGAAAGUUGUUGAGGUUGGCAGUGGUGACAUUUAUCGAGCAACAUCAUGAAAAGUUCUCAUUCGCUUCCUAUACUGUGUGUGUGUAAGCUCAUGUUAUCUGUUUUAUGACACAAAGGGAGAAAUGUUGUUCUAGCUUUUUGUUAUAUUUUAUGUGUCAUUCUAACUGAGUUUUGGUAAUGCUCAGAGGAUUUUGAAAAGAGUCCUUCCAGAAUGUUUUUGCUCACCAUUUAAAAAUAUUUGUCAUGUCAAGAAAUAAAUGAAUAGAUGAGCAUUUACAUAAACUACGACCUUCUUUCAACAUAUGAACAAAUAUUUAAAAUAAUGUAUUCAAAUAAAAAAUGUAUUCAAGCGUUGCGAAUGUUUCUCUUGUAGAAGGGACAGUAGCAGUCUGAGGUAACUAACUGUUUUACUUCACAUCAGUAAGUACUUUGCACUUGCUGUCAGAAGGAAAUACUAUAGAUUGUCCCCUUAAGAAGCACCUAUACUAUUUUAUUGCUUUCUAACUACCCUUAAGUAAAGAAAGUAACUAAAAAUAGAAAAAAAGUUGAAGUCUCAUUACAGUCAAACUUUUAUGGAUAACUGUUCCUAAAUUACAGUAUUUACCUCUUUAAAAUAUUUUCUGUCUUUUCGUAUUUCUAUAUUUUUAGCUAAAAAGUGACAGUAAUGAAUGUUCUUCCACAGUACUUUUUCUACUUGAAAAUAUUUCCUGUAUCAUUAAAAAUAUUAUCUUAUCUCAAAUGUACAGCUCUAACUGAUUUACCGUGCACAGGAAUUGUAUAAAAGAGAGCUAACUAUUUUAACUAGUUCCAAUACAGUGUGCUGAUAAUAUGUACGGUUUUAUAAUUUUGUAUUGAUUUUCUAGAUAUCCUAGAAAGUUUUGGUGUGGCAUUUGUCACUCAUAAAUGUCAUUCUCCCUCCCUUCUAUCUACCUCCUUCUUUCCUCCAGUUAAUCUCUCCUUCAUUUACAUCACAUGUAUUCUAUAAUCCUCUCUUAUUCCUACUUUAUCCCCUUUAUUACUCUUCCUUCCAAAGUUCCUGUUCAACAUCCAUAUGUACUUUCAUGUAAGUGCAAAAAUUGUAUGUGAACACACACGUAUGUGUGUAUGCAUGGGCAUGGGCAUGUUUGUGUGUUUGUGUGUGUGUGUGUGUGUAUGUGUGUGCACGAGUGCGCACAUAUGUGUAGAAAAGAAGAGAAGAUGGUGGGGAAAAGAAAUAGAGGGAGACGACAUAAGACAUAUAAUCCCUGUAUUUCCGAAUCACCUGCCUUAGUAUAAUGAGCUAUAACUCCACCCAUUUCUUACAGAUGUCAUGAUUUCAUUCGUUAUUGUUGAAUAAGGUACUGUUGCAUAUGUGAACCACGUUUUCUUUACUCAUUCAUUUUUUAUUGAAUGACUAGGUUUUGCUGGCGAAGAUUGGGGGAAAGAGGAAUAACAAUACACUGUAAUAAAAAAAAAACCUAUAACACAUUUUUAAACUUGAAGGCUUCUCCAAUACUAGAGGACCUUAUAAAUAUUUGUUUUAUUAUAUUGAUAUUUUUAUAUUACAUAGUGUUAUCAGCUUCUUACAUUUAAUAGUUUGUAGUUGAUUGUUCCAGGAUACAAGUUUGCCCACCUAUACUCUUGUCUGGGAAAGCCCUAACCAAUCAGUAAUUGUUGUCCAGGGCAUUUAACAAAGUACUAAAGCCUUGGGGUAUCAUUGGAUGUCAUUCUAUAUCUGUCUGAAAUGUGCCAGUAAAAGAACAGCUACCAUUUCCACACAGGACUGUCACUCACAAUGACAGAAAUGUACAUGUAGCUCAAAAUAUCAUUCAUUCUCCAGUUGAAAAGCAUGGUCCAAAUGUUUUGUCCAAUUUUUUAAUGAAUUGUGUGCCACCUUAUUAAUGAGUUCUACCUUCUAUAUUCUGCAUCUAAGCCCUUCUUAGAAGAAGGGAGUCUUUACACUUCCCAGUCUGACUCGUUUCACAUGGUUAGUUCUUUUCUUUUAAGGAGCAAACAUCCUGACAAAGUUCAAAUGUUUGAUGUUGUCCUAGUUCACUCUCUUUGUGUAACCCAAGAGGUCUUUUAUUGUCUUACAUUCCUGAAGUUUCACAGCUUCUGCUAUUAAAUUUAAAUCUAUGGUAUAUCUAUAUGUGGAUUGUAUGAAUGAUGCAUUCAAAGGUGUAAUUUUUUCCAUAUGACUAGCCAAUGGCUUCUUAACAGCCUCAGUCCACAUAUGUCUGUGUCUGCUUCUGAAUUUUCUACUGUGAUUUGCUGUUCUCGAUGCCUGUCUCUACUCAUGUACCAUGUGUCUGAGUUACAAUAGUUUUGUAAUCUUUGAAGUGAGAUAAUACAAUUCCAAUGAUCUUCUAACAAUAUUGAACCCUGUGAACAUGAACAUCUGUCUCUUUCCAUUUGCCUCCUUCUCUCAGGAGGGCUUUUCAUUUUUAUCAGUUUCACCUUGUGGUUCCUGCAAAUCUGUCAAGUUUAUGCCUACUACAUCCCCAGCUAUUUGAAGGGAAGGUAUUGGUUUGGUUUGCUUUAGUUUGGUUUGGUUUGAAUUGGCUUGGUUUGGUUGUGGUUGUGGUUGCGAUUAUGAUGGUGGUUUCUCAAGACGGUUUCUCUGUGCAGCCUUAGCUGUUCUGGAACUCACUCUGUAGACCAGGAUGUCCUUGAACUUAGAGAUCUGCCUGCCUCUGCCUCCCAAGUGCUGGGAUUACAGAUGUGUACCACAAUACCUGUCUCACAGAGUCUCACUCUGAAUCCCAGGAUAACCUGAAAUUUUGCAUGGAAUCCAUGGAAAUCUCACAUUGUUAAUGUCCUCCUCCUGAGUGCUGGGAUUACAGGCCUGGAGUCAGCACGAUGCCUGGCUCACACCUCUUAAUGUUAUCUUAAAUGGAUUUCUAAGGUUCUGAUGUUAACAGUAGAUUAGCACAGAUAGUAUAGAAUUAGGGAGUGUUUUCUGGCUUUCUGCGGUUUGAUGAUGCAGAAAUAUUAGUAGGCGGAGCAAUUAUGUUCCCAAUACUGUCUACUGACUUUCUAAUCUAAAGCUACUCACUAUUUGAGAAGCAGCUUGUAUCAGCUUCUCUGUGCAAUUCUAGUGUAGUGGAUUAUGAAGCAAUUCCUUCUGUACAACUCAUUCGACAUACACACUAACUUCUAACAUCUUCUAUUUAUAUUGAAUCAUUAUUUACUUAAGUAGUUAAGCUCUUCAUGAACUUAAGUAUGCCUCACCUUUCACAUCUCUUACAUCUCGAAGUUGUUCUUUAUAGAAUUCAGCAUGUUUUAUAAGUAGGAUAAAGAAUCCAGUCAAGAAUACCUGACUAAAGAUAAUUUUUAUAAUCAACCUUAAAUUAUUUUUCCUAAAGUAGAGAAAUUAGUUUUCAUAAUAAAUGUUGCUUGUAGCCAUACUCCUGAGUAGCUAAACAAUCAGAGAACUCAUUGAUCAGUAACCGCUUGGUUGCUUUGUUGUACACAUGCGAUUUUCCUUGGUUUCUGAUGCUGUGUAAGCACCAUGACCAAAAGCAAGUUAGAAAAGAGAAGACUCUUCGUCUCAUGGUUCCAGAGGGUCAAAACUCGUCACGAUGGAGAAGGCAUGGCAGCAGGGGGCAGGACACUGGCUCAUGACACUUUUCUCCACAUACUGGAAGUUGAAGAGAGCAAGAAGGAAAUGGGGUGAGGCCAUAAACCUGCUGCCCUCUGCAGCAUCCUUCCUCCACCCAGGCUGCACACUCUAAAGGGCCCAUAGCCUUUCUAAACCACAUCACACAUUAGCAUGUAGAUGUAAUCUAUAUGCGGAAGAUUGACCCAUACAAGUAGUUUGGGUAUGCUUCGUGCUGGAAUGAAUAUUACUACUGAAAAGAUAAAAUGCCAAAACUUUGUUUUAAAAGAAAUCAAAGCAUAAAACAACUAGACCUUGAGAACAUAUGUUAACAAAAAUAAACUGCACCAUUGAAAUUACCUCACGGAAUGGGGCGUUUUGACUAAGAACUAAAAAGUGAGCCGGAACUUCCCAGGGACAUGCUGGGCCGGGGCACAUGCCUGCAGACGCAUAGGUUGUGCAGAUCUGGAUCUAGAUGCAGAAGUAACAAAAGGGGUCAGAAACCACACAAGUGAGGUAUGUGGCCUUAGCAAUAAAUUUCCACACUGAAGAAGUCAUCUGAAGGAGAGACUGAGGCAGGUGAAGGGAGAUGUAAUUGGGGGUGUAAUAGACCAUCUCCAUAAGGGGGCUUCUUGUCCUUUUAGUACUCACUAAAAGCAUCUUUCUGGGCUGCUAAUCCUUACCUGGAUAAUCAGAGGCAACCAUUGAGAGGAAGUUCUUAUUGGCCUAAAACGUGAGACUCAGCCUGGGGAUAUUUUUGGCUGCUAGUGGAAAAGAUGCUGGUGAAGGUCACAAAUGCACUAAAAUAAAAAAGAUAUAUAUAUAUAGUAUUUUGUGGCACUGAACAGGAGAAUCUGAUUUGGCUUCAUAGCUUAAGUCAUUAAUAUUCAAAAUGAAUAGGAAAAAUAUAGUAUUUCAUAUUUGAAAAUAAUGAAGAUAGAUUUAUCAGGACUCUAGAAAACCCUGAGGCAGCCAUUAGAUAAACAGUAUAUUAUUAGAAAUGGGACUUCAUCAUAAAGACAAUCUUUUGGCAUAUCUUUUAUUAUUAUAAAAGUUUUCUCUACUUUCUGUACCUUAUGUUAUAAUCAAAACAUAACGAUACAAUUAUUCUAAUAAUAAAAUGAUUGUUCUAUAAUAGCAAUAAUGAUCACACUAAUGCUUUCUACAUUUACUUAGUCUUAUUUGUUUUUCAAAAGCAUGUGGGGUCGUCACUGCCUUGCUGCUGAGAAAGUGCUGAGAGCACAGUGUCCACUCUGCAGAGUAAAGGCUGGGUAUGGGGAAGCUGGAGAGUGUCUCUCAGCUCCCUGGCAUUGUGCGUUUAAUCAACCUGGACUGAAUCGGGAAAAGAACAGCCUUUUCUUCACUUAAUAUCCCUCUACAAAAUAUCAUUUUCUGGCUUUUUGUAUACACUAGAAUGUGUUUUCAGCUAAUAAAUGAUGUGAAAAUAUUUGAGUGUUUCAUGCCAACAUCACAAAACACGAAGUUGAAGCCCUUCUUCUUCCAGGGCUUUGGAGUAUUUGUCCCUGCGGAUAUUCAUGUGGCAUUAUUUCAUUCUAGUUGACUUUUUUUCCUGGCUAUUUUCACACGCUCCUAAAUGCGUACUUUCACUGAUUCCUACCCAUUUAGUAAUUUGUGUAGUAUCAGCUACCAUAUUGUAGCUAUUCCCUUGAUUAUUUGUAAAAUAGACCAAAUAACUCUGGAGAAUUAACCACUUAUGCUUUUUGUUGAGAUAAUUCCUUUCAUCUCAUUUUCAUUAGAAGGCUCAAAAUAGUGUGGGAAAACAAAACUCUUUAGGGAGAUUUUUUUUUAAGUCUGUAGUUCCUUUUUAGAAUCUUAACAAAGAUAUUUUGAAAAUCAACAGUCCUCACACCAUGUCCAACACAUCAGCAUACAUAUACUCAUGUAGACUGAACUGACUUCCUCUUACAUGUCUUUCACACCCCACCCCCACUCUUGGAAAUCUCAAGGAUGCCAGUGACGUAUUUCUUCUUGAGUCUGAUUUAUGAACUCUUCCUUGUCUGGCCAGGUGCCGGCCGUAUCCCACAAUUCAUAAUCUGUCACCAGAAGUAAUGGCCCAUUUCCAAAGGUGAAGCGGGACAGUUCUGUCAGCAUGGAUCAGGUAAACAGAUUGUGUGGCUGCUAGGUGAUCUGUCAGAAGUGGGCUGCAGAGCACAUUAACCUUUUGAUACACCCCCGUUUUCACAGUGCUUCUUUUCUUUUAUGCUCACCAUUUUUCUUCAUAAGAGGCAGACCUGAUGAAUAGCACAGCAUCCAAUCACAAGUGAGUGAGUUGCUCAAAGUCUGUUCUCAUGCCUUGUCGUACAACAUGCCUUCAGAAAGUCAUUGGAUGAAGGAAAGAAUCUGGUUCUAUUUUGUCUUCUGGUUCCUCACUGUCCCAAGCUUAUUUGUGACACUAGAUGGUGAUGAGUCUCUUGGCCUCCAUUGACUGGUUUGUCCUUUUCUUUGUCUUUAAUAUACCACUACACACAGGCUAGCCAUUCUGAGACUCAAUUGGCCCAUGGCUUUAGGUACCUGUCCUCAUGAAUUUUGUGUCUAUGUACUAUAUGUGUGGUGUUUUUAUCUUUUUUUUUUUUUGGUUCUUUUUUUUUUCGAAGCUGGGGACCGAACCCAGGGCCUUGCACUUCCUAGGUAAGCGCUCUACCACUGAGCUAAAUCCCCAGCCCCUGUUUUUAUCUUUGAAGGUAAGUGCAGUGCUUAGGAUGCUGCAUUGGCCUGGUACAGGUCAACUGAGCCACUAAGCAGGAAUAUACAAAUGUGUGUGACCUUGAAUUGGUAUAUGAUUAGAGUAGGCACACAAAAAUAGUAAGGCACCACAUACCUGUGGAGGGCAUUCAUUUUCACUCAGUUUAGUAACCGUGGAAGUCUUAAAAGUUGACCUAAUUUCACCAAACUAUUUAAUCUACACCAGUGAGUGAGAGUAUAUACAUAUACAUAUACAUAUACAUAUACAUAUACAUAUACAUAUACAUAUAUAUACAUGCCUGCACAUACUGUCCAUGUUGUCCAAUUAUGCCAGCAUAUAAGUAAAGUUUUAAUAAAGAAACAAGAAAAUAAAACAUAAAAAGAACAUAGCAUUAAUGUUCGAGAACACGCUGAGCAGGGAAACCAAAGUGAGAUGACCUGAGAGCUAGUCAUUGGAAGGGUCACCGUGUUUUCUCAUCUGUUCCUAAUAGUCCAUCUGCAUUGCUUGAAGAAGGAAAGGAGGGAGAAAGACUGCAAGGAAACCAAUGGUGGAAAAUGGAGGGGUUGAUUCAUGAAGCAAUGCCUCCCACAGUACUCACAUUGUAUUAUGUCUUGGUAAAAUGCAGGUUCUGUUGCGGGGGGUAGGGCUGCCUUCCUAACAGGAUCAGAUGCUAAGGCUUCUGAUCAACUGUUGUACUGUGCGUAGCAGGGCCCAGAGUGAAAGGAGAGAGAACACUGCCACGGGAUUAAGGUGAUAUUCUGGUCAGGACUCUUGCCAUGUCAUCUUGCAGUGUCUGAGAAAAAAGUUAAAGGAUAGAAGUUUGUGAACAGCUGUCAAGGACAGAAAGCCAAUACAUUUUAUCGUCUAGUAACAGUUCUAGAUAGAAAACUGGAAAGACUUGAGAAUGGAAAAUAGAUAUAAUGGGGAUAUUAUAACCCCAAACAGAUAAUAACUCCUAAUUGUUCCUGUUCUUUUGUGCAUCAUUUGCUUUGGAAGCCCACCCUUGCACAACAGUUUGGCAUUCUGCAUCUGUGUGGCCUUUUCUACUAACUAGCAUUCUGAUAAAAAUUGCAAUGCCGUGUUUUGUAGGUAGUCGACACUGAGUAAUAAACGUUGAUUUAGUGAGAUGUCCUGAGUUCUAGACACAGACCCACUGUUGGCUCCUAGCUAAUCAUAAAUCAGUUAGACUUUACCUACCUCAGUUUCUCUGUUUAUGCCAGAGUGAUAAUUUUCUUUUCACUUCCUGUAGCUGCUAUGAGAAGGAAGUAUAUUGUAGCAAAUAUUAUUUACAGAUUUCUACACCACCUUCAAUCAUUUAGUUCCCAAAUAAAAGACACAAAAUCUCUAUAUUUAUAAUAAGCCUUAAAGCAUUAGAAUUUGGCAGGUAUCAUUCCUCUAUGAUAUUUUCUCUACUUCUCUGUCAGUAAUCCCAAGAUAUCACUUGCAGUGUUCUCCGUGGGUCGCUCCUACUCCAACUGACCUACCCUCAUGGCCCUGUGCUCACACCUUCGGACCUUCCUCCUUCUGACUCUUCCUCCUCCCUGUGGUCUCUGCCUCAGACCUCAGCCAAGGAACUGAAGCCCCAUCUAUCUCUCUUCCACCCAGCUCCUGUAGCUUCAUUAACCAAUCACUGGUAACAUGGUAGGUAAGGUUUAUACAACAAAAGAUAGUAUAGACGAGGAUCUGCUUGUCUUGAAACAACACAACUUGGGGCACAGAAUCUAGCAUUUGAAUAUAAGCAGCAUCAGACCAACCCACUAUAGAAGUGAAAUCUUGUUUUGAAUGUUACUUUGGAAAAUCUACUUCAAAUUGGAGGUGGUAUUGGUGGUGGUGGUUUUUUCUCUUCUCUACCUUCCAAGCCAGCAGCAUUGGGUCACUUUCCACUUGUCAUCAUUCUGACCUCUUCUGCUUUACAGAUAGAUCUCAUCACCUCGAGUCCUCUUAUAUAACACAAGUUAGUCUCACUAUUUUCUGGCCAGUUGAUUGGAGUUCAUUUCUCACAUUAAUUGUUUUUUAGGACAUGUGUUUUGGGACUUAGGAGGUGACCUCUAUAGGCAGCUUCUGGUCUUUACAGCAGAGAGGACCAUACUGGCAGUCUUUUUACUACAGCUAGGGACCACUGACAGAUAAAUUUGCAAAUACAAAGAGGGAUUAUAGACAAUGUUGGUUUUGUCAUCACGGUAGUGGAAGUCCAGCUGAUAGCAGGAAGCUUAAUAAAAUUGCAAAUUAUUGGAUCAGUUCUAUAUUAUCUAAGUCAAAGUGUCUUAUAAUAGUAGAGGAAAAUAACUCAAGACUUGGGCAUUAUGAAUAGCAGUAUUAAAUGUAAGAUUGGUGGGCAGGUAAUUUCAGUGAGGGUUGCUGGUUGCAGUCAGGCAAACUUGGUCUUUAACAUUAAGGAGAUCUGAGCCCAGGUUCCAACUGAUUUACUCUAUUAGAAACUUCCACUGGGGAAGGGGAAGCCCUUGGUCCUGCCAAGGACCAAGUGAACAUGAACCCCCAGUGAACGUGAUUGUUGUGGGGAGGGCAGUAAUGGGGGGAGGAUGGAGAGGGGAACACCCAUAGAGAAGGGGAGGGGAAGGAGUUAGGGGAAUGUUGGCCCGGAAACCAGGAAGGGGAAUAACAAUUGAAAUGUAAAUAAGAAAUAUUCAAGUUAAUAAAGAUGGAAAAAAAUGAAAAAAAGAAACUUCCACUGGAAUUCAACUGUAUCCCUCAAAUACAAAUAUUUCUGUGAGUAGUUUAAAAAAAUGUGUGGUAGCAUAUCUCAACUAUACCUAAACUGCAAAUUGAUACUAGUUUUAAAUGAGAAAAACAGUGUUUAUCGUGUCUAAAGUAGCUUAAAGAAACGUAUAUGUGAUUUACCAAGUGAUAACAGCUUUAGGAACAUUUUAAUUAUAUGCAUUGUCAAUCAAUUUGUUGCUCUGAUGUAACAAAUUGUAAUCACUAUUACAUGCAACUAGUAAUAAGAGUAUCCUCCCCCACUAAAUACUAUUAGAAGCUACCAGAAAGAUAGCCACAGUGAUUUCAGAUAGGUCUUUUCUUUGAUACAAAGGAAAGUGAAAUGGUGCACAAGCUGGCUUGCUUACUGCUAAGUGUCCUUGCCUCUUCCUGUUUUCUUGCAAAAGUGAUCGAUUGACACAUCUGACGAAGGGGGAAAGAGCUUUCAUCUAAGGGAAAUAGAGUAGCACAGGGAUAUUCCUGCUGAUAUACAUGAAAUCUGAAUUUUUCUCUCUCUUUGUGCACCGAGGUGUCUUUUUUGUUCUGAGAGAUCUGUAUUGUAAAACCUAAGAUUACUAUUAAAGAAGGCAGGAGGCAAUUUAAGAAGUGCCCUAUCUCCCUGUGACAAACGCUUUGCAGCUAAGCAAAAAAUUUAUGUUGAUAAAUUGCAACUGUCAGAGCGUCCACUGCACUUCCUGGGAUAUGUCACUAACUUCGAGUUUCUCACUUAUGCGUGUUCAUGUGUGAACUUCUAUUUGAAGAAAGAACGCACCAAGUAUUUGGAGAUGUUCCCUAAAUUGCCACAGCUUAGCCUGGGUAACAUUAAACAACGUCAAGGAUGAUAGGAAGAUUGUAGCUCCUAGUACACAUCCUUAACUCCCCCAAAGCCUAUUGCAGCUUUUCUUUUCCUUUACCUUUUAUAGGCAGGUUCUCACUGUGCAGCCCACGCUGUACUCAAACGUAGCAUCUUCCUGCCUCAUCCUCCCUAUUAUUAGUAUUACAGCUGUGUGUUUUCAUACCAAAUCAUCUGUAUCAAUCAUAGGUGGGACAGCAUGCUAGAGAAAUACGCCAUAAUUUGACUGAACUAAGUUUUAAAAAAUGCAACAAAAAAAUGAAAAACAGGGGUUUCAAAGCAUAAAGAUGUACACAUUAGCAAAAGUAUGGGAAAGUGUAAAAACAAGGUCAUAACACUCAGAACUACAACAUACAGAACACUACAGUGGAAUAGACACACAUCACAAAGCCUGAGUCAUACAUCGACAGUACCAUGGCUAGACAACAAAAAGUGAUAGGUAAAACUAUGUUCACAGCUUACAAACAUUGAUUCUAACCCCUAAGUUCUGCUUUAUCCAUCAGCUGUUGCCACAAGGAAUUUUGCUUCAAAACUUGGUGAUUUCCCCAAAGACAAAAGCACUCUGACAGAUAUGCUAAGGGGAAAAAGACAGAGCACUCACUCAGAGCAUACUGCUUCAUGAGCAUACUCUUUCACAAGGAAACUGGUAAAACUGGAAGAAAACAACAGAGGAUUGGAAAAUAAUCUGUAAAAGUAAAAUGUCUGUAGUAAGUCUUACCUGUAGUUACUUGAAAUAAUGGCAGAGUGGCUGAAUAGAUUCAAAAACAAAAAUGCAGCAUUUCCUACCUCUAAAGCCAUAAAGAUGGGGAUACGGUGAUGGCACCUGUACUGUCACACAUUCUCUAAGUACAGUGGAGAGGACAACAGUCAAAUGGAGACAGUGAAUUUGAACGCUAGACUCAAGAACAAGAGACAUGUGUGGACCAUACAUCCAAUAAUGUAGAGCACAUGUUGCUCUGAAACACAUAAAGAACAGACUAUAAUACAUAUCUCAUUAGACCCUCAAACCUUACACAGGGGUUCAAGGUCAGUAAACUUAAGGUCAGUAGAAGAAAGGAAGUAUGGCUGACUACAACAUCUAGGUGGAUGUAGUGGUUUGGGUGAAAAAUGCCCCCUUUAGGCCCAUGACCUUCAGCACUUGGUUCCCAGUUGGUGGUGCUGUUUGAGAAGGUUAAUGAACUUUUAGCAUGGGACCUUUGUUGGAGGAAGUACAUCAUUAAGGGUUGACUUUGAGAGUUAAUAGUCUCAUCCCACCUCCAAAGCUCUUCUUCCUAUGUGUGGUCCAGAUGUGAUAACUCAACCUUCUGCUCUGGUCAUCAUCUCCUGUCAUCAACUCCCUUUGUAACUUCAAGCCAAAAUAAACUCUUCCUGCACCCUGCUUUUGGUCAUGGUAUUUUAACCCAACUGCAGAAUAGUAACUUAGACUAUGAAAGGGACAAAGUUGAGGUCCUAGAAUGUGCAGUGAUGAUUAGCCCUGCUGGGGAAGAGGAGUGAACAGACAAAGGGGAAAUACUGAUCAAAGGGCACGAAGCUGUGUUUGGACUGUGUAGGAGGGCACCUUCUUACUUUCUCACAGAACAGUGCUAUAACAAUUAAUCAUGUUGUACAUCUCAAAAUUGCUCAGUGCUCUUAAAUAUUUUCACAAGAAAGUAUGUGAGUUGUUAGCUUGGAUUAUUCUACAAUGUAAAUAUGUAUCUAGGUAUCACAUUGCAUGUAUCUCAUAAAUAUCAAAGGUGCUAAAUUGGUGGUAUAAAACAGCCCCUGUAGAGUUGCAGCUGAGGGAAGAUUUGGCUGAUCUAAAACUGGAUCUGUUUGCACAGCACCUGGUAUGUGGCUGCUUUGCCAAUUAACACACUGUGUUAGACAUCCACCUUGGCCAUACUCCUGGUGUCUCUCUUGGACUGGAGAUAGCAUAUUCUUCUCACAGCAGUGUAGUCCUAGAAGGGAAGAAAAUGAGAGCUACAGCUACGCUGUGGCUUAGAAAAUGCUGUUUGCUUGGUCUGUGUAUGCUUUAUUUUGCAACAGUUCGUUACUUGGUAGUGACAGUCAUUGUUCUAAGAUCCUUUCAGGAGUAUUAAUAGAAAUACAAACCCUGCACAGUAGUAAUUCCUGAGUCCCAUGUGUUUCCUAGAUAGUCUUUGACACAGUUCCAAGACCAUAAGUAUUAAAGGUAGCCCACUCCCUUCUGAGUUGCCCAUAAAUAAAGAUCUCUAUUGCAUUGUGGGAAAUGCAUAGACUAUUCACAUGGCCUUUGUUUUCUUCUCUGUCAUGGCUCUAAAGCCUUAUAAUGACAGAGGAAGUGAUGAAAUCUCUGUCAAAUAGAAAUUGGAGAAGUAACAGUAUUGGGGUCAUGUCAGACAUCUUACCAGUGACAUGCACUCUAAGAAAUGUUACUCGCUGAGAUUUUUUUCUCUUGGCACCACCAAAAAGUAAUUAAGGAUGGACCUCCAACAUUGAUGUCUUAACACUAACACUGGUAACUUGGUUUUAGUGUGUAAGGUAUCUUUUUGUAGAAUUAUGUCAUGUCAGGACAUUGCUAGAGUGCCCAUGUAGAUUACAACUCUAUUUUUUCCCUCUAGGUUAGUUGUCCUAGAGAGACAGCAGUUGAAUUUGCUGCUGUCCUGAGUGUCGGACUAUGACAGGCUAAUAAAAUAAUAUUUAUCUAAUCAAGAUGUCUAGAGUCAUCUAGGCAGAUAGAAAAGGCAUAUAUUUAAAAAUAUAUAGCAGUGUAAAUAAUUCAGAAAUAGCAUGUUUGAAAUAUGCUUAUACAAUGGCUGUAUUUGAGCAUUACUUUUUUCUUUUAAGCUGCCUAGGGGUAGAAAGGGAACAGCUUGCAAUUUUUCUCUCUCCAUCCUACAAUCAUGAAGGACAAGGAUAUUAGAUAUGAAAUUAAUAAAGUAAAAAGAUCACAAUUCCUACAUACUUCACUAAUCCAAAGACAGUUGUUGACUGUUAAUGUUUAUUUUAUCUUUGUGUUUGGUUGGUUGGUUGGUAGGUAGGAAGAUAGGCAGGCAGGCAGGCAGACAGACAGAUUGAAUGAAUGAAUGAAUUGGUUUUGAAAUUGGAAAAGGCGCACCUAUAUUCAGUAGCAUCUACUUGAAGAUUAUGUGAGGUUUGGGGCUUUUCUGUUGCAUUACUUUAUGUGGUGUUUUUAGUUGAGGACUGCAUUUAUGUACCUGCAGUAGACCAAGUGCUACAUUAGGAUGCCGAGGGGUCAGGACUUCGGAGACUUAACAACCUAUGGACAGUGCUGUGGCCUAUGUCAAACUCAGCUGCUCAUGUGCUGCUGCUGUCACUAAUUAAGCUGUUCUUAAUUAGUGUGAGAUUCUCACUCAUACAUCUGGCUUUAAUUUUGAGUUAAACCUCCUCAUAUUGCUUUUAUCUUACAUACUUGUAUUUGUACUAAUGUGCAUAUAUAUGCAUGCACGCAUGUAUGUAUGUAUACAUACAGCUCUAAUAAAGUCUAACUCACAUACCAUAAAACUCAUCUUGUAUGAUUGUUUAGAGUCUUGCUUUCUUUUCUUUCUUUUUGCUCUGGUAAUAUUUUUUGUGUACAGAUAACAUGGACAAACUAGAGUGAGGUUGCCCAAGGACAAAAUUUCACAUCAUUCGAGGCUAUCUCAAAGAUCUGCUGAUGGACACCCACUGAGAAGAUAUCCAACACCUCCCAGUUCAUCGGCAGUAUGAUACACAGGUCACCAAGUUGACACAGAGUGAAGCUCUCCUCUUUGAAAAGGAAGCCUUCACUCCUGAGGAUGGUUACUUGAACAUUCUUUUCAAUAAGCUAGUCCGGCAAGGGACUACAGUGGCACCUGUGCCUAGAGCUGUUUCCUUGCUUUGUAGCAUGCAAUACACUACUUUCCCCUUUGGAAACUGGAAUUCAAGCAGGGCUCAGGUCACAGAUAUCAAAGCCUCUUCUCUGGGCAGAAAUAACUCUGCCUUCUGGGCUGCAAACAGAACUGGCAAGUCCUUGUGAUUAUUGAAUUUAGUACUUCUUGUUGAUGUGAACAUCUCAAACUUCAGCUUGUCCAUUUUCCUGUCUUUUAAAGUGUCCACUCUUCCAUUUCUAUUUGUUGUUCCUCUGCAUUGUAGAAUUAUGAACAUGUUUCCUGUCCAUUUAUGUAUAGGACCUCAACCAUAAGGAAUGGCCCAGUAAGCUUUCAUGUAAACUUCAGCCCUUCCUCCUGACCUCUUUCAGUACGGCAUCCAAGUGUGCUGCUUCCACAUGUGCCGGUGCUUCUGUGCCUUCCUCAGGCUGCCAUCUUUAAUCCAGCUCCUCGUGUGUGUGUGUGGUGACCUCCAACAUAACAUUGUUUCCAUUGCUACUUCAUAAUAGUUGCCAAUGAUAUGAAUCAUAAUGUAAAUAUCUGCUACACAGAUGGUCUUAGGUGACCCCUGUGAAAGGGCUAUUCCACCCACAAAGGAGUCACAAACCACACAUUGAGAACCACUGGUCUAUGCAAACUACUUUGAGUAUCUUCUCUCUCAAAAUCUAAAUUUAAAUCCUCAUUACCUAAGUUACAAGUUUCCUGCCAGAUAUUUUUGGAGGCCAUUACUUGUUUGCUUCCUGUGCAGGACUGCUGUAGAAACCCUUCCUUAAGGCAGUUUGGACCUUUGAUUAAGAAAAGUCUUGUAAUUACUAAGCAAGUUUUGAUAGUAUGUUUUGACAGAAUGGUUCUGAGGCCACUUCCUAUGGACCUAACAAUAUUUAAGUGGAGUGGCAAAGAGAACCCCAUGCUCCUGCCAUUGUAGAUGUUUCUUAGGUGCUCUCAUAGAGCUAGGAUGAACUGCCAAUCUUACUCUGGCUCUCUCGCUUGGCUCAGUCAGAAUUUGGGAUCUAUCUCUCUCUCUCUCUCUCUCUCUCUCUCUCUCUCUCUCUCUCUCUCUCUCUCUCUCUCUCUCCCAUUUGUGCUAACACCUACUGUUUUUCCAGCUGUCUCUGUCCUUUGUCUGACAUAAAUCACCUCCAUGAGAAGAAAACAGUGCAGUAAAUCGGAGUUUUUAUUUUCCCUUUGUUUUGUUCAAUUCUAAUUAUACUUUACUUUCCCAAAGCAGCAGAUUUCAAAGUUAAAUGCCAGGAAUUUCAAUGUUUAUAUACAUAAAUAAUAGGAAACAGAAGAUUCAACAGAUCUGCCCCUCAGUUCAGACCACAAACUAAUAUUGUCCAACUGUGAUAAAGGAUUUAAAUGAUAGAGAUUACCAGAUAAUACUGUAAGACUUUCUUUUUAAAAAUAGAUGAGGGGCUGUAGUGGAAAAGAUAGAGACUGGCCCUUCUAAUUCAUCACUGAAUCCAGUGUAACCAGGUAAAAUCCUCUGGAGGCCUCAAAGGUUGAAGCAUUUUUAACCACAUCUCGCAGCAUAAGUAAUAAUCUGAGAUUUUUAUUAUCUUAUUCAUUAGGUUUAUUCCAUGUAUCAGGCACUGCUUUAAGAAGCCCAGCUCCGAAAAAAAGAAAAGAAAAAAAAAGAAGCAGAAAAUAGUGAUACCCAGCAUAGAACAGGCAGUUCUUCAUGUUUCUGGCUUCAUGCUAAGGGUGGACAGGGUAUUUUGUUAUAGGAUGCUGAUGCUGUCUCAGAGGGAGAAAGAACAGCUGUGUGUUUUGCAGGGCAUAACUGAUGCUCUGUGAAUCUAGGUUUGCAAAGCAGGAAUGAUUUCCCCAGCUUGCAGUGAGGGUAUUUAGUACAGCUACAGUGCGUACUUAGCUCGGUCAUCUCCUAGACUAAGAAGCCCACAAGUAUCAGAUUCCCACUACAUGCUAGUCACUCAUUUGGACACUUAGAAUAAACAUUAUAUUGGGGGAAACCAAAACCCUUGGUGACCUUAGUCCAGUUUACUUGAGUAAUAAGGUGAAGUUGCAUUCCAGCAGACUGGGGUGGGCAGAGAAGAGUAGAGAAGUGCUUGGGUGCUGACAUGAGUUAGGGACUCAUAGCAGAGGCUUUGGCAGAGGGCACUGAGUAAAAGCAGUUAGGGUGUGAGAGCUCCGAACACCUCUGACUACUCACAGAAAGGUGAGAGAUGAGCAGACAUGAAGAUACAGCAACAAGUGGCCAAUACUCAUAGUCACAGGAAGCCUGGGAACAGGCAUGCGGAACACUGGAGACAAGAGGUGUCUGCUUUGACGUUGUAGUAAAGCAUACACCAGGCGUGCAGAAGCACAGGGGCAUAUUGUAGGUUUUGAAAUAGGUACAACCAGGAGCUUAAAAAUACACAAUCAUAGUAUUUGAAGUUUAGUGCUUUCUCUUUUUCUCAUUUACUACUCUUGUGGAGAUACAUAAAAAUCACUAAAAACAACCCCCAACAUGUCAGAGGUCAUAUAGAGUCACUAUGGCAGACUUGAGGGAGAAAGAGGGAUGGCAUAGCUUUCUAAUAGAAAGCUGCAGGCAGGAAAAGACUGAGCACGUUAUUCAAGCAGAGUGCAGGCCUUGGUGGGUCCCAGGAGCACAGUGCAUUUCUAUUGUUCAUCCUAAAAUAGGAAACUAAAGCCAAAAAGAGAGACUAUUCAUUAAUCAAGGCCUAGCCAUUUGAGGCUGGUGAGAUAUUAUUGUUUUGCUUCCUGGAUUAUUAAUAGAAAUAGUGGUUUAACUUGGAACAUGUUUGACUGACAGCAGACUAGUUUCCUAGGUUUGUUCUUGUACCCUGUAGGUUCUUACAGUCGAGAGGUCACAGGCUUUCUCUCAUAUGAUGUGGGCUUCCUCUGUGUAAAGCUCACUGCUCACCACCUUGUUCUGAUUGAAAUGUGAAGCAAGUCUACAUUCAGAGUCCAGUGCAGUCGAAAGGAUGUAGAACCUGGGGUACAGAAGGGACUCAGCAGUCACCAAUAAUGCCUUAAAGAUAGGGAAUUUCUAGAAAUAAUGUAAGAAAUUAAAAUUAAUUUGAGCAUGUCUAAAUGUUCAUAGAAGGGAGUGAGAGAUAAGUAGCUCUGAAAAUAUAGUAAAGAGGCACCAAAAAUCAAAGUCACAAGAAGGCUGGGACAACAGGUAUCCAAAGCACUGGAUGUAUAAUAUGUAAUGCAUACAUCACAACAAUGGGCAGUCUAGUUCAGGUAGUAUAUUUGUGAGGCCAUGGAUUCCUACGCAGAGUUCUGAAGAAGACAGUGUCUACAUUGUUAUCCUGACCCUUACUUAGAAGAGACAAACUCCAGCUGUGGAUGUGGACCUUCAAGCCAAUCUCUCUUUCAGACCUGAAGCUAAAGGAGAGAAACUUGAAAACUCACCCUGUAUAGUCUUUAUAUCCAGAUGCACUAUGAAGUCAGUGGUCUGCCGAGUCAGUAGAUUCUAAAGGUUUUUAUCUAAGCUUUCACAGCUACUCAAGACUAGAUCGUUUUUCAAGUUCCUUUUUAAAUUGUCACUGAUUAGCUUCAUUUGACAACUCUGCACAUGUAUGCAGUGGACCCAGUGUUCUCUAGUUUGCACUGAUCUCGUAGUCACUAUGUCAGUCAUGCUGUGAAUUUCUUUCUCAGAUAUGGAAUUGCAGAGUUCAGAUAUGGCAUAUUAAACUGAUUAUUAAAGUGAAUUAUACUACAGAACUGUCGAACCUACCUUUUAUCCAAACUAGUUAUUUAGGCUUCAUAGAGUUUAAGAAUUUCACCUUAUAAAUGUAUACUCUAGACCAUGAUAAACGUUAUGAUUAAUGGUUUGUCAGAGGGUGUGUAUUUGGAGAAUUGUUACUGUUUCAGAAAUUCCCUUGCUCCGAGCAGAUAAGAGAAACAAGGGUGUAUUAACAUUGAUUGAUCACAUGGCAAACCGUCACUCUGUGUCUCCUCACAUAAUACAUUUCUCUUUUCAUCACAGUCUGAUGAGAAACUUUAAUGGCGUGUUUCCACCAGUGGUAAAUCCACUGAACCAUGGAGAAAAUGCUUUUUGCAUCUAGUGAGAGAAGGCACCUUUUGUCACCUGGGAGAGUUGUGACUUCCCCAUUAAUGUUAUGUUAAAUUGCUAGCCUGCAGUGUGACAGGAGAGUAAGAACUAAGGAAAACUCACGUGGAGAUUAACAUACAAAAGAAGCCAGCUGCUGGGGAAAGACCUGAAGCUUUAUAGAGCAAAUGUAGCAUGCACAAACCAGCAUGCAGAGAAAGCCUGGGCUUCUUAUUUCCUUCCUUCCUCCCUUCCUUCCUUCCUUUCUUCCCUCCUUCCUUCCUUCCUUCUUUCACUCACUCAUUUGUUAAUUUAUUUUACAUCCCACAUACAGCCUUGCUCCUUCCUCUCAUCUCAGUUCCACCCUCACAAUCCCCCUCCCCCAGUACCUCCUUCCCUUCUCACCAGAGAAAGGGAAGCCCCCAUGGGUAGAUACAAACCUGCCCUGGGACACCAAGUUGCCCCCAUGAGUUCCAGUCAUGGGCAUCAAGCUGCAGCAGGACUGAGUGUAUCCUCUCCCGCUGAGGAGAGGCAGUCCAGCUACAGGAAAGGGAUCCAGAGUCAGGCAAUGGAGUCAGAGACAGCCCCUACUCUACUUGUUGGGGGAUCCACAUGAAGACCAAGCUAUAUAUCUGUUACAAAUCUGUAGGGGGCCUAAGCCCAGUUCAUGCACACUCUUCAACUGGUGGUUCAGUCUCUAUGAGCCCCCAUGGGCCCAGGUUAGUUAACACUGUAGGUCUUCCUGUGGUGUCCUUGACUCUUCCCAGCUCCCUCAAUCCCCACCCCACCUAAUGUUGACUGUGAGUCUCUACAUCUGUUCCCAUCUGCUGUUGUAAAACCUCUCAGAAGACGGUUAUGCUAGACCCCUCUCUGUAAGCAUAUAUAGCAGCCAUGUUUUCCUAUCUGCUAUACCCUAACAUGUCAUGUAAGAUAACCUGGGUGCAACAUUAAAUGAACUCUGGAAAGAAGCCCAGGACUUUUCAGCUUCGAUCAGAAGCAUCUGUUUAAGGAAAUGCUGAGCUGUGAGAGAGGGAUCUGUGAUAUCAAUUGAAAACCCUUUUUCUGAGAACUUGGGGCAAGUAAGUAAUACCAAAGGAGAGUGACUUGACCUGAGUUCUGGCUCUCUGGCUCAGUCUUCCCAGAUGCUCCAGAAGUAGAGUAGAAAGUUCAAGUCCAACUUAUUAUAGGCACUAAUCAAUCUUGGUCUUUAUCCAGGUGUUCGGUUGUGCAUUCAAUUAAUAUGCCAAGUGUAGUUGGUACUAAGCCCAAAGUCGACUACACAGGUGAGCCAGGAUUGCCAGCUCUCUCCUCUCAGGGGGCUGAGCAGACUAGAGAAGUGUUAUCUUCAGUAUUGAUACUUUGUGCUAAUGUGAACCAGGCGGCGGAGACUUCUGAGAGUUCCCUGAUGACAUGGACUUUCUAGAACUGUCAGAUUGUACUUAUAAACAACAGCUCCCGUGUGAAUACAAAGCAGCUGUUGCUGCGAGCACGGCUCCCACCGUAAGGAGAGUAAGACUUUACUCGAGCCAUGUUCAGUGACUAGGACUUACGACACAGAUCUGCGUUACUGCAAAUUCCACGUGACCAUUUGGCAGCAGGUUCUUGACAUUUAUGUUUUUACUAAGAAAAAUCAUAAAUUAAGGGAAGUUUAAAAUACACUCAGCAGUACGUUGGCGAGGCAGUUACAAAAUGGAGGCAGCUUUCCUAUAGGCUGACGAUGCUCACUGAUGACGUUCUUAGCUUUUGGGUUGGUGAAAACUAGAAAUUCCAAAAGUUUUUUAUCUUUGUUACAGAAUUUUAGUUCAUAGACAAUGGCAAGAAAUGACUAUUUAGGGGCCAAGGCUAACAUGAAAUGAGGAAAUCAGCCUCUAGGCCUGCACCAUUCCAACUCUCCAUGUCACUGUACAUUUAAGCAGUCAGUCUGUUCUUUUGUAAUGACUAUAACAAAACCCAGCACAGUAUUGGGAAACACUGCACAAUAAACUUUGCACUUAAAGAGGAUGAGCACACUUGUAAUUUAAAAUCCUUUGCAAGUAUGCAUACAACUCUCCAUUCUGUCCUUAGGGGUUACUCUCAUAUAUAAUAAACCAUAUGAAUAUCUUUGUGGACAGUGGCAAUAUUGUCACAAAAUAUUAAAGUGUAAAAUAAGUAGAAGGAAUAGAAAUGACCUCCUAAGUGAAUUGAAUGCACCCAAUGAGAACAUUCUUCACUCUUGUUAAGGAGAGGCAGUGUGGCAAGGUGUAGCAUUUCCUUUCUCUUCCUAGUUGCCAUUUCUCAACCCUGAAAUUAAACAUUUUACAACCCAUAGUUAUUGUAAAAUAACUAUGCUGGAAGAAACCAGACAGAAGUUAAUUAGUUACCUUCAUAUUUUCCUGCUAGUCCCAAUGGUCUCUUACCUGGGAAGUGAAUAUAUUCCUCUGUUCACUGGAUUUGUAGUAAAAAUAACAGAAAAUAGAUUCUUCUCAUUCUCAUCUUAGAAGCCAGCUACAUGUUUCACUUACCACAGCAAGUCUAGAAGUUUUCACAAACACCUUGUCUGGUAGUUGGACUAAGUGCAGCCAACCACACUGUUAAAAAACACAGCAUCCUUGUCUGUGAAAUGUAGCGACAUGCUGAUCUAGUGCACUACAUUUCUGCAUGGGGGGGGGGGCAUGAAGCUGUAUGGUCAAGCCUCAUAAGUACCUUAUAAGGUCCAAUAUGUUUAAUACCUAACACUUAAAAAGGAAAUCAUUUUUCACCUUGACUUUACAGUUUUUUGAGACAUAAAAAAUCACAUAUGUUAGUCUAGCAAUAGUGGUGUUUGUCUUUAAUCCUAGCACUUGGGAGGCAGAGGUAGGCAGAUCUCUAUGAGUUUGAGGCCAGCCUGGUCUGAAGAGCAAGUUCAAGGACAGCCAGCACUACACAGAGAAAAUCUGUCUCAAAACCCUCCCCAAUAUAUAGGUGUAUGUGUGUAUACAUAUAUGUGUACACACACACACACACACACACACACACACACACACACACAUUGCUAACAUAAGCUACAUUAACUGCUCCUAAAACCUACCACCACAGUUACAUACUACAAAAUCCAUACAGAGCUAAGUACUAUCCAAAAAAGACGUCUGAAUUUCUGGCAGAAUUUUUAAAGCAGCUAUUACUCUUUGAUUCAGAAGUUUAAAAUAUUCAGAAGAUAAUGAUCCAUCAAAAAUGACAAUUGUAGUAAAUAAACUAUUGACUCUGUUGAUAGGUAUUUAAUACUGAAAAAAAUAAGUAAGUAAAAUAUUGAACAAGAUAAGACUCACAACUCCCUCUGGCCAUGUGCCAGCAUGAGAAGGGACUGCAGACAGAAGGCAUAGCAGGACACAGCGGAAGCUCAGCUGUGAUGGACACCUGAAUCCAGGGCUUGCAUCUGUAGAUCCUACUCUGGUCCUAGCUGUUUUUACAUAGGCUCUUAGAUGAAAAGGAACACCUCAGUCUUGGGGACAGUUUUCCCCUUGACAGAGUCAUGCGGCACAGGUCAUGCAAUACUUAGAACCCCUGAGCCCCAGCUGUGAUGGGUGAUCACCGUGCCAGCUUGGAUGAAAAGAUAGUAUAAUUCAGCUUUUAUGGGAUGUUUUCAGAAUUUAAAUUGUCUUUCUUCGUUUCUUUUUCCAAAUUCUGAUUUAUUUUGUUGUGAUUAGUGAGAAAUUUCUUGGAAACCUUAUUUGUUUAGUUUUGAUGAUUUUUUUACACCUUUUCUGAUAACAACAUAGAGGACUAAGUCUACUUCAUUCACCAAUGCAUAACACUGAGAAUAAGACAGACACUCCUACAGUGUUUUACAGCAGAACUGUUACUUUCAAGAAUAAAAAUAUUCAGUACAAAGUGCUGGACCGUGAAGGGUCUUGUGCCUGAAUCCCACCAUCUCUACCUUAUUAAAAAGUUCACAUGGGACACCCAUGAGUCAGCUUUUCUCCAGGCCUCAAACUUAUAGUGUUAAAGUCAAUCUACAAGCAAAAAAAAAAAGAAGAAAUGAAAAGAACACAAUUAUAUUUUUCAACUAAUUCAAAUACUAAUAAAUAGUAUAGGUGAUUCAAUUUUGGUGAGGUAAUCCCCCAGGCCCUCCAAGUGUGUUGAGGACACAGACUGUGGCUUGGUAAAGAGCACAUGACACCAAAGUCUGGAGACUUGAGUUGCAGUGAUGUGUCCAAGGUCAGUGAGGUAUCUGGAGUCCUUUCUCCACCUUGAAAUAAAGUUCAUGAAUUUAGACAAAUGACUCUUGAACUUCAUUCCUUGAAGCUCUAGAUAUUCCUAAGAUCCAAGUGGAGGUAAGGAGAGACUUGAGUCUAGUCCCUGUGAUAGGUGUAGUUAGAGGUAGGUUUGUUUUUGUAUGUGAUAGUCCAUGAAGCUAAGCGUGUGAGACAGCAUUUUCUUAGGUGACCGCAAAGGGUGGCAACAAUGGCUAUGGAGUAGACUGUCCCUCUCCUUUUAAAACAUAACAUUGUUUCUUCAUUUACUUAUUGUCACUUCUCAAGCCAGGGUAGAGCACUGGCUUUCCCAACUUCCAUAUUUUCAUGUUCCCCACAGAAAAACUUAAUCCAGUUGCUGCCACCACAUAAUAUAGUAUGUUUGCCCACAAGGACUCAAUGACAGAGGUGCUCUCGGCACCUGAGAUCAAACCUUCUGGUUAUGGGGGCCGGGCAUCACCACGAGGCAUAAAUAGGCUGCUGGAGGGCCAGGCAAAUAGAUGGACCCAAGCAAAAUCUUUGUCAGAUAAGUUUGAUUUGUGUUAGUUGUUCACAAGAAUGCCUCAAGUUUUCCCCUCCCUUCUUCCAUUGCUCUGAUCUGACGAGAUAGUUUAACAUCCUGCACAAAUAGUCCUUUGAAACUCCCCCUUCACCCAAAUACUGAUGCCGGUUGUUUUGGUUUGCCUGUGUGCGGUUAGUUGUCUUGAUUAUUCAAUUCUAAAGAGCAGGGCUUGGACCGCCUUCACUUCGUGGGGUUCACAUCAGCUGCAGGCUUGACAUUCCGCAUGAAUCCUGCGCUCCCGCACAUCUUCCCAUCUUUCUUCACUUUUCUGUGCCAUUUGGGUUCUUUAAGAUACUCAUAAUAAUCUCAGUUGACAUUUGAACGAUGGAAGCAAAUGUGACUUCAAAGCCUCCUUGGUGUGGAUGAAAUGAUGCUAUAUUACAGACUUUCAGCGCUUUGCCAGAGAAGUCAGAGCUGUGUGCAAGCAUUAACUCAUUCAUCUUCACCUUACAGUGUGAGAAAUGACAGUGACAGACAUUAUUGGCAUCUUCUAAAUGGAUGCUGAGGUCGCCUGAGGAUUUUUCCCAUAAAACUCAUGGGAUAUUAGAGCAGUAGAAUGGAAGGUUGAGCUCUCUGCUCUCCAGGGUGGCACCAAGGCCCAGCCACACUGAGUGAGUGUGCUGUUCUCCAUCCAGGAACCCUGGGAUAGAAACUGGACCUGGCCCAGGACAUCGCCUUUGCGGUAUGCUGUCGUGCUUCUCAUAUUUGUGUGGACAGUCUCCGGGGGCCAGUGACCUCAGGAGGCCGUGCUGAGUCCCAGGUGCUGAGGAGAGGAGAGCAGCCCCUCAGAGUCAGUCAGUGCUAUCUAUGCACACACACAAGCCUCAGACUAGCUUUUCACAAUGAAGAUUUUCGGGCAGUUUUAGACAGUUUAACCCAAAUAAUUAAUGCAAACUGGUCACACUUUAUGGAUAUGGACUUUCCUUUUUAUCUUAUAAACCCAGUGGUCUUUUCUUUAUUUCGAAAAGGAGCUCCAAUUAUCCCUUUAACUACUGGAGAGUCUGCCCUGAAUAGAACACACUAUUGAUGUAACAUAUUGGGGAAUGUGUUUUAACAAAGAAAUAUGGUUUUUUUUUUGCUUAUUUUAGGCAGAAGCUAGCAUUGGAAAGUAUUUUUUUUAAGAGAGAUUCAAACUGGUAUAAUUAGUUGUGAUACCAACGAGUAGCAGAACUUCUCUGGUCUAUAAUUGUGUUUCGGGGUAGCAGACUGAAUAGAAAUAAAAGUUAAAAUGAAUGAAUGAAUGCGCAUCUGAAGCCCCAGGUAUCUGCCAGGCCUCAUGCAAGGGUGCGUGGAUGUGUGACUGCUGAGUGCAGAGAUGAAUGGAGGAGACUGAGAGGUGAGGGGAGUGUCUUCCUUGCUUUCAUGCAUGAAAAUUGCUUGUUAGGCUGCAAAGGGGCUGAGUGCUGGCCUCAGGAAGCAUCCAGUGGUCAGAGUUUGGGAAAAUAAAGUUCGGAGGGAAUGCCCAAUGUGACUAUUAUCAGAGGCAAAUAUAAGAGCAAGUUUCACUUCCUGUUGUCACAGCAUAGCGUGUUCUACUGGAUAAUGUGGGUUAAUUUCCAAACCCUUUUACAUCAAAGCCUAAGCAAAGGCCAUGCUUGAACAGCUUCAGUGUGCCAACAACAGGGUUCAUUCAUUGCCUCAUCCCAGUGUGCUCACUCCUCCGGAGCUUCUCUCAGAAGCUGGAUAUUAGCUGGAUCUGUCUGGAUCUGACAUUUUUUUUUUCAAUUCAGAAUGGUCUGACUGUAAAUCAGACAGAAUUUCCUAGCCAUGGCAUUGACUGAGCUUACGCAGAAACAGGUGAAGAGAGCACAGUGCCUCCUUGGAACCCCAUGCCUUCUCUCCAGUCUUCUUCUGAAGACCAGCACAUCUUCCCACAUUACCCACUGCCCCAAAGUAUACAUUGAUAGGGCAGAGGUACUCAGACCGUAUGCAUACACGUGUCCAUUCGCAUGUUUUCAAGUGUUUUAAACGUCAUGUGUUGUCUUUAAUUAACACACCUGUUUUCUUUGCUGAACCAGAGACAUCUGUCCACUAAUUUAGGGAGUAAUGACACUAUUUUGAGGUGUCCUGGCAACUAAUUUCCUCACCACCCACAAUCAAUACUUACUUGUUUCCGUAUCCAUUUUUAGAUUCAGGUGAAGCAGUUUGAAGAAAAAGUACUAUUUACAUGGUUCUGCAUCCCUCCUUAGCAUCAGUUCAGGAGGCGUGGAACCACUGUUUGUCCUUUUAUUACUGAUGCUGCUUGAUCAUUGAUCAUCUGGCUAAGAUCUGAAGGUCCCAAGAUCUGGCUCUUCGCUUUGUUCUUCUUAAAUUGAAGACAACAUAGGAGUGGCACGUUGAUACUGUGUGAUCAUCCGCUUCCCCGCAUCAUUUCAUCUGGUGACUUAGCACUAAUGGUUUUUGCCUGACCCAGUUAUCACACUGGCUGCUGCAAAACAGUGACUUUCUGUCACUCCUUCCUCAGAGUUGACAUUCUUCUGCAAAGACAUUUUCUUCUCUCCUGUCUUUGUGGCUUCUUUAUUGAAUGUACUGUUUUGCAUUUCCCUCAGCAUUCUUUUCUACCUCAAAUCGCCCCUAGCUACUCUGCCCUUGUGACAUGUCUAAACAGGUUUUUGGAUAAUUUUCUUAACUUUGGAACAGGAUGCUUUAGGCUCAUUAGGUACUUUCUAUGCUCUGAACCAGGAUUCUAAAUAGUCAGCGUCUAAUGCCAAGUGUGUUUGAGGGAGGAUCCACGUCCUUUUUAACCAGACAAAGAACUGUUAAUGCAGUCACUGUAGGGUGGAAAAUGGAAGAGUGAUACAGGCUAAGGCAGGGUCUGUGAACUCAGACUGUGUGCAUCCAAUUUGCAGAGUUCCUGGAGGGGACCCAAAAUUUUCCAUAAAAAUGGGAGAUAUAUGACUUACCCAAGGAACUGACAGCUCCAGAGAAUGGCUAGCAGAUAGGUAAGAAGUAGCCAGGUGAUAGGGAGUCCUAACUGCCAUGCCAAGAUGUGUGGCGUGGUCAAGGGAGAUAUUUGCUUUGUUUUCAUUGGACAGUUAUCUCAUUGCGUUUGGAGUCCAGCAUCAGGUAUUCUUUCCCAUAGGGAUGGCAUGAUCAGACAUGAGGAAGAGGAGAAAGACAGGUGGUGCCUUGAAAGGAAGACCUGAGCAUUACCUGCCACAAGCUCAGGGAGCACCCUGCCUUGUUAUUAGCCAUAUUGGAUGCAGGGUGCGUUCUUUUGAUACUUUCCAGUUUGGUUUGAUUUAAGUUUUACUAUUCACUAGUCUUCCUACAGCUUCUUCUAGGUAGUCCUCCACCUAAAAGGCAGCGAUUGCAGCCUUUGGGAAUGAGCAUGUUGAGACUUCAGAUAUCUACAGACCUAUUCAUAAGACUUAAUCUCCUGAAACAACUUAACUCACACCAACAGUCAUGUGCCUUUUAUAAACUACCAUGUGGAGCUGUGGAAUGACAUGUGGAAUGAUAAUCAGAUUCUGUGUAUUCAAACUAAGAGACACAGUUCUCAUGGAAUGACAUAUGUCUGUCCUGUCUUGUCACUUUUACUAAAACAUGAGACCAUUAGGAGCAGAACAGAUUUUUAACCCCUGGUGCCUUCUGCAUUCAAAUCUGAUAAAUGGCAUUAUCCCUUCAUGUCCAUGUUGGCUGAUCUCCAGGCUGUUCUGAGUACCAUAGUAAAGGUUUUUAAGCCCCUUCUAUAAAAUCACACAGUAUUUGCACACAAUCUACACAUACCCUCCAUAUUCCUUACGUAAACUAGGGUAUUCACAACAAGGUAUAGAUUGCAUAUAGUGUCUUUUAUAAUGUAAAUACAAUAUAACUUGUUUCUGUAACUAUACUGUUGAAGAAAUAGUUCUAAGAAAAAGUAGUUUGUAUACAUCUAAGACAGGCACAGAUGUGUUUUCCCAAAUGUUCAGCCCAUGCUUGCUUGAAUCCACAGAUUUAGACCUCCCAUAUUUAAAGAGCCAGUUGUAUGUAGAAAACAAAGACAUACACAUACAUGAGCGAGGUAGUGUUCACAGAAGCCAGCUUUCACAAGAUAUGAGUUUACUUCAUUCGACCCAGCUAGCUAUAUGCUAAUAACUUGUAUGAAAGUAUUUGCUAACUGCUUAAAUUAUUAUAUCCCUUGCUUCUCAUUGUUAGAGGCAACCCUAACCUAUUCUUUCAGCAGAAUAACCAGGAAAAUAAAAUGAGGUGAAAAUUUCCUGAGUACUUAUUUUAUGUUAGAAAUAUGAUCCUGCAUUCUCUAUGCCACACCUGUGAAGCUAGGAUUGUUAUUCCCAUUCUGCACCUCAGAAAACUGAGCCACAGUAAAUACCUCAGCUCAGUGAGGUAGUGAAUGGGAGAGCUGGGCUUCAAAGUUGGGUCUACCCUUCUGUACUCCCCAUGAAAGGGUCCACACUGCUUUGACAGAGAGAAGCUUUUUCUCUGCAAGCUCGUGGUUCUCACCCUUUCACCUGGAAGAACUUGGGACAGAAGGUGAAAACCAAAAGUCUAUGAGAACUUUUCUUGUAUUUCUGAGGUCUAGUUCUCUACAAUAUGAAACCCAAAAGUCAAGCUCGACCUCGGCCAACACCCAACUGUGUCACCUGUGAAUUUUCACUAGAAUGGGAGCUCAGCUAGUCCGUGUUGUCAGGCCUGCCCAACAAGCUGUCAUCAGCACAGAUGAGCAGGAGGGCUUGAAGAGAGUGGAGGAGAUACAAUGUUUACAUUUACACAGGGGCCAAGCCCAGGCACUGUGCUUUCGUGUAAUCCCAUUGUGUGUUUUAUUCUUGUCCUUUGUUAGAGUCAUCUGAAUGACUGGUUGAUUACAGCAGCUCUGUAUGGCUCCCUGGACUCUGCAGUCCUGAGAGAGGAAGAAUAUCUGAACUUGAUUCCGAACAGUCUAAAGUCUUAUGUUCUACACAAGUUCCCUAGUGUAAAAAUAGGAAGUGGUUUUCUCCAGCAUACAUAAGCUCAUUCUCCUGCCAGUUUCCUUUUCAAAAUGAGCACCCCUAAUCUAAAGAUCCAAAGUGCUCUGAAUAUAAACUUUUCUGCAUAAAGGACACCACCAGUGGACAGUUCUUUUUUUUUUUUUUUUUUUUUUUUUGGUUCUUUUUUUCGAGGCUGGGGACCCGAACCCAGGGCCUUGCACUUCCUAGGCAAGCGCUCUACCGCUCAGCUAAAUCUCCAACCCCCAGUGGACAGUUCUACAUCUGCCCUUAUGUGAGAGGAAAAAGUUUAAAUGCAAUCACUACAUAAGAUAUGAAGUUAACAUUAGCUUGUAUGUACACAGUGUGAAAAACGACUUGAGAUCCAUCCUCAGGAUAACAUUAUGUAUUCACAUACUCUGAAAUCUGAAACAUUUACAAUGGCACAGAUCAGGAGUUGGCACAGAUCAGGGGGGUGCUCUACCUGUUCGUAUCUCAGGAUUGACCCUCAGACAUUUGGGAGUGAAGGGACUCCAGUCAUAACCCAAAAUGUCUCUCAAUUUUUUGUUCUGUGAAGACUUUAUUGUGGUAUUCAAAUAAUGAUUUUCUUAGAAUUAGAUAGUACAUUUAUUGGUUUUUCAAAAGGAUUUUAUUAGUAUGUAUUAAUAAUAUAUAAUGAUGAGCUUCACCAUAAUAUAGCUACAUGGAUAUAAUUUAUUUUACUGUUUUUAAUCCCCUUUUAACCAUUCCCCUUCCCCUCCCAGCUAGUCCCCUUCUACUUUCCUGUCGUGUGUGUGUGUGUGUGUGUGUGUGUGUGUGUGUGUGUGUGAGAGAGAGAGAGAGAGAGAGAGAGAGAGAGAGAGAGAGAGAGAAAGAGAGAUUAGUUUUAAUUAGGUUACUGGCAUAGGCAUGCUGAGAGACAAUGGACAGAAGGCUGGACUCCUCACUGCACUGUUAAAGAAACUCUCACCCUCUCCUCUCCCAAGGAUAAAUCCUCAGGAAGGGAUGGGGCCUCAUGAGGACCUCCCUGCUCAUGAUAUAAUUAUUGAUGGACCCAAAUGCGUACAGUCUUUGCGAGUAGUAAGUUCAAGAGAACAGAGACCACACCAUGCCCAGAUGACACAAUCCCAUAUCCUCUUCCUCUAGCUCUUACCCUUUUCCCACCCCUUCUUCCAGGAAGUUCCCUGAGGUUGGGGAGGGGUGUGUGUGACACAGGUGUCACAUCAUGGGCUGGGCAUUUAAGCAUCCAUUCAUUUUCAGCACUUUGACCAAUUAUGAGCCUCUGCGGUAACCACCACCUAUUUCAGAAGGAAGCUUCUGUGACCAAAGAAAACAGCAACUAUGCUAGUCUGUGGCUCAGACUAAGUAUACGAAGGAUUUCACAUGCACAGAUACCCAUUUAACAAUACAACAGCAGCAGCUUCCACUCAGACCUGUGAUGUUUUAUGCUUAGAUGGACUGUUGUGUUUCAGCUUAUUCAUUUUAGCUUAUACUUUGAGUUCACUCUCUGUAAGCUGGGACAGCAUCACACACACUUGGUGCCAUUGACGCUGUUGUAGGAGAAGCCAGGAUUAUAGAGUAAAACCUAGCUUACAGUUAGUUGUCUUUCUCACUAAACUGUUUUCUGAAAAUGCCUCAUUCCUAAGUGUUCUAAUACAGCCAAUUCAAUCAUUUUCCCAUUUAAAAAUUAAUUAAGAUAUCUCAUAUCUUAGAAAAAUAAAUUAUACAUAAUAUGGUUUCCUAUCUCUGAAAGCCUGGAAUUCUUAGCUCUCAGAAAAUCAGAGAGGAAUUCAUGCACAGCUAUCACCACAGCAACAAUGUAUGCUGUUACCCUUUAAGCUCAGUUAAAACUAGGGUUUUCAUCUAGUUGGUUUCUAGACUUAAAACACAUUUUGUCACUGAGCCAUGGUGGUACAUGCCUUUCAUUCCAGCAUUCGGGAGGCAGAGGCAGACAGAUAUUCGAGUUCAAGGCCAGCCUGGUCUACAGAGUGAGAUCCAGAACUGUCUGGACAAAA